AUGGGAUCCCAUAGUGUGGAGAGAAUUGAGACUCAAAAUCAGAUUCCACAAAUUAUGGAGCCUAGUAAAGGAACCUCUUUCUUUAGAACAUGUUUCAAUGGUAUUAAUGCAUUAUCAGGUAUUGGAAUAAUAUCAGUACCCUAUGCACUUUCACAAGGAGGAUGGUUAUGUUUGAUGCUACUUUUUUUAGUAGCAAUUAUAUGUUGUUACACAGGAAUACUUUUACAAAGAUGCAUGAGUGUUUCACCAUCAAUCAAUACAUAUCCUGAUAUUGGUGAAUUUGCUUUUGGUAACAAAGGAAGAAUCUUGAUAUCAAUUUUCUUAUAUCUUGAACUAUACUUUGUUGCAAUUGAGUUCCUCAUAUUAGAAGGUGACAAUUUGCAUAAAUUAUUCCCAAAUGCAAAAAUUCAUUUUGGUUGUGUUAAAAUUGUUGGAAGGGAAGUAUUUGUUUUAUUAGUUGCUAUUGUAAUAUUGCCAACAACAUGGUUGAAAAGUUUAGGUUUAUUGGCUUAUGUUUCUAUUGGUGGAGUUUUGGCUUCAAUUGUUUUGGUUUUUUCAAUAUUUUGGGUUGGUGCAAUUGAUGGUAUUGGAUUUGAAAAGAAAGGUGUGAUUUGGAGAUGGGAUGGAUUGAUAAGUGCAAUAAGUAUGUAUACAUUUUGUUAUUGUGGUCAUGCUCUUUUCCCAACAAUAUGCAAUUCCAUGAAGGAUAGGAGCCAAUUUCCCAAGGUUUUAUUUGUGUGCUUUAUAUUAAGCACCAUAACCUAUGGAUCAAUGGCAACCAUGGGAUACUUAAUGUAUGGACAAAAUUUAAUGUCACAAAUAACAUUAAAUCUCCCUACCGGAAAAAUUAGUUCAAAAAUUGUGAUAUAUACGACACUCGUUAAUCCAAUAACAAAGUAUGCUCUUGUCGUCUCUCCAAUUGCAACGGCUAUUGAAGAUAAAUUACCUUUACGAAAGAGUAAAUUUAUCGUAAGCUACUUCAUCAGAACAUUUUUAGUCAUCAGCACUGUCAUUGUGGCGUUAACCAUUCCAUUCUUUGGAUAUGUCAUGACAUUUACGGGCGCUCUUUUGGGCGUUACCGUGUCGAUAUUGUUACCAUGCCUAUGCUACCUCAAGAUCAAGAAGCCUUCAUAUUUGGAAGUUCUGUUUAUUGGGAUGAUUUUGGUUUUUGGUUCUUCAGUUGCCAUAUCUGGAACUUACACUUCUUUGAAAAACAUUAUUAGUCAUGUCUAG